GUGUCUGCUGUCCAAUCACAUGUCACCGCUCUGUGGAAAGAAUUUGAAACUGGACGCGCCUUCCUCACUCCACCGGUUAGCCCGUGUGCUACUGUUAGCUCCCGUCCAUCACCUCCAACACAACGUGUGUUUAUGUUUCAUCCAACAUGGACGCCGUCUUAAAAAGAGGACUCCAUGAAAACAGCCUCCUAUUCAAAAGGUCGCUGGACAGAAUCGUGGACAAGUAUUCAAAGCUCCAGCACCUGGACGGGGGGGUGGAGGUGGACCUCGCAAAUACUCAACAGCGAACACUUGCACGCUACAUGAAGCUGUCAAUUCAAGAGCUGAGCGAUCUGGAAUCAAAGAGCCUGACAGAUCUGAGCGAUACGAGAGCAGAAGACUCUACAGGAAACUCUCAGCUGGAGUUCACGUUACAAGAUGAUGAUGCUGAUGAUAGUAGUGCAUCCAGCAGCCAAUAUUCCGAGGAUGGUGAUGGGAUGGCACAAAGUAACAGGACUGAGCUGAUUAUUGGCUCAUCGGACGAGAGUGAGCAAAACUUUUCUGAAACGGAGCUCCAGCCUGAGGACCAAGAUGAAGAACUGGAAGUCAGUCUGAGGUGUCACGGCAACUCUGUCGUGGAGCUCUUACCUGGCAUGAUCAGUCGAAUAGAAACGGCCCGACAACGGCAAAAUCUCUCCAACGCCGCUGACUCUGUACUGAGGAGGUACCACAGGUGGCGACAGCAGUCGAGAAAAGGCAAUCUCAACAACACUGUGAGGCACAGAAACCCAGCAAAGAAGACCAGCGGGUUGCAGCUCAGGGAAACAUCUUACAGCCCAAAGAGAAGGCAGUUCAUGAUGACUCAAUCUGCCCCUCGCUCUCCUUUGCAGUUCUCAACCAGUCGGCUGGCUUGGCAAGCAGAUCAGCCAUCUCCUGGAAGGGAGAGGGGCCCGAUGAGAAGAGAGCAGCAACACUCCGUCUGCGCAAGGGACCUCUCUAGACACUUUAAUACCUCUAAACCGAAAGAGGUCUCACUGAAUCCGACAUACUCAAUGCCUGGACAGCUGGGAGAACGGCCUUGCACUUACGCUUGCAGUCCUUCACGGCCUUGCUAUCCCACUGCAAAUCCAUCCUUGGACCUGUCCCUUAGGUCUAAAAGGCUUUCUCUCUCUGCACGCUCAGAGCAGGCUCCUGGGUGCUCCACGUUUGCAUCAGAUGUCUCUUUUGCAGAAAGAUCUGAUAUCUACAGGUCCCCAGUUAGGCAGAGUCCCAUAAAAUCUCAGAUGUCUGUACAGCUGGGAGAACGGCCUUGCACUUAUUCUGGCAGUCCUUCACAGCCUCGCUAUCCAACUUCAAAUCCAUCCUUGGACCUGUCACUAAGGUCUAAAAGGCUUUCUCAGUCUGCACGCUCAGAGCAGGCUCCUGGGUGCUCCACGUUUGCAUCAGAAGUCUCUUUUGCAGAAAGAUCUGAUAUCUACAGGUCCCCAGUUAGGCAGAGUCCCAUAAAAUCUCAGAUGUCUGUACAGCUGGGAGAACGGCCUUGCACUUAUUCUGGCAGUCCUUCACAGCCUCGCUAUCCCACUGCAAACCCAUCCUUGGACCUGUCCCUUAGGUCUAAAAGGCUUUCUCAGUCUGCACGCUCAGAGCAGGCUCCUGGGUGCUCCACGUUUGCAUCAGAAGCCUCUUUUGCAGAAAGAUCUGAUAUCUACAGCUCCCCAGUUAGGCAGAGUCCCAUAAAAUCACGGUUGAUAAACAGCCUCAGUAGAUACCCUUCCGUCUUCUCUAGGAGCCCCCGAGAUAAUUCUGAGGAAAGCUUUUCCCGAAAGCUCAUGAGGCGCAGAUCGAUGUCUCCUUCUCUGUCCUCCCCUCCACAUAAGCCUAUAGUGCCACAGAGGAUGACUUACCCUCAGGACUCCCGUCCCGCCCUCCAGCCACAGCUGCAUUCACCUCAGUCAGCCACAGCAGAUCGUCCCAGGCUUCGGCGCCAUCUCUCCUUGGACUCCUCCCUGCCAUCCAUCGGUGCUUCCUACUCCAAAAAGGAGAUUGACGAGGAACUCUUGAGACUCUACCACAAGUUUGUCUGCCUGAACAAAUCACCCUUCUUUAAUAGCCAUCCCUGCCGUAUCUGCAUGAGGUGCCCUCAGGCCAGCAGAGCAAACUCUUCCUCAGCGUUGGCUGCUCUGGCCUUGUCACCGCACCGCUCCAUCCUGAGGAAACGCAACAGGAAGCUGGCCAUGGGCGAUCAUCCCCUGCCCAAGCGCUCUAGGGAAGAGGGCUACACAUCCUCCCCAGGCUCCAAACGCCAUGGGAAUGAAAUGCUGAGGCGCCGUCUCUCCCAAUCUGAGCUGUCCCGUGAUGACCUCUUCUACAGCUCAAGCAAACACAGCAUGCGUAACAAAUUCAGCACGCAGCAGUCCACAGCAGAGGCUCAUCAGGAAGCCGGGAUGAGACAGAGACAGCCUGUCUCAGCGGAGUUUUCUGGUCUCUGUUCUCCUGAGAGCAGCCUUGCAUAUGGCUCCUCCCCCAGGAAAUAGAGGACACAGGUCACACCUGCUCUAUAAAAUCCUGCCCAUACAAGUUCUCCAACAAGUUCCAGAGUGGAAAACCAGUUUGUCAUAUAACAAAUAUCAAAGUAUUAUAUCUAGUAGUGCAAGGUAUCCAGUACAAAUAUUGUGUAACUUUAGUUCUCAAGAUAAACAGUGGAUCUGUAUUUCUCAGAAGAAGUUGUGAAGCUCUAGUUAUGAAGCGAUUUUCCAUCUGUUAUUUUUGAAUGCUGUAAAAAUUGGUUUUAAAUGAAAGGUUCACAUAUGUUGCAGAAUUGUUAAUUUCUGUAGUAUCUGUUCAUUUUUAAUAAAUGUGUAAAUGCUGUUUCUGGUAUUAAAAACACAAAUGGUGCGUG